GCGCGGGGCGAGGGGCGGCCGCAAGGACGGGGCUCCUCGCUGCCCUCCGCCAGCGGCCGCCGCCCUCUAACACCCGUGCCCGCCGCCCUGCGAUCCCGCCCUUCCCGCCCCGCCGCUGCGGGCCUUCCUCCGUCCCUCAGCCUGGUGAGCAUACUGGAGAUGCAGAAAGCUUUGAGCAGUGGAUCAUCAGUUUCUCCCAAGAGCAAUAUAAAGUGAAGAAUGAAGGCGGCUGGGUUUAUUUCCCUGUGGACGUUGGUUUCGCUGCCUUGUGGCCCCUUAGCAAACCCUGCAGAACGUGAAGAUGUAGUGAAGCACGCAAUAAAGCUGCACCGUGGGAAAGGAGCUGUUAUCACUCAGAGGAAGCAGUGGGUGUUGGAGAGCUGCAGAAAACUGUCUGGUCUUCUUCGCCAAAAGAAUGUUGUUCUCAACAAACUAAAAAAUGCCAUAAGAGCAGUUGAGAAGGACGCAGGACUGUCUGAUGAAGAGAAACUUUUUCAGGUGCACACCUUCGAAAUUUUCCAAAAGGAGCUAAAUGAAAGUGAAAACUCAGUCUUUCAGGCAAUCCAUGGCCUCCAGAGAGCUCUGCAGGGUGAUUACAAAGAUGUUGUGAAUAUGAAAGAAAGCAGUAGACAGAGACUGGAAGCCUUGAGAGAAGCUGCAAUUAAGGAAGAAAUGGAAUAUGUUGAACUCUUAGCAGCAGAAAAACACCAGGUUGAAGCCCUUAAGAACAUGCAGCACCAAAACAAAAGCCUGUCGAUGCUUGAUGAAAUUCUGGAAGAUGUCAGGAGGGCAGCUGAUAGACUGGAAGAGGAAAUAGAAGAGCAUGCCUUUGAUGACAACAAAUCUGUAAGAGGUGUAAACUUUGAAGCAGUUUUAAGGGUGGAAGAAGAUGAAGCCAACUCCAAAAGAAAUGCUUCAAAAAGAGAAGUAGAAGAUGACUUAGGUCUUAGUAUGCUUAUUGAUUCUCAGAACAAUCAGUAUAUCCUUACUAAACCCAGAGAUUCAACCAUUCCUCGUGCUGAUCAUCAUUUCAUAAAGGAUAUUGUGACAAUAGGAAUGUUGUCUUUGCCGUGUGGCUGGCUGUGCACAACAAUAGGAUUGCCAACCAUGUUUGGAUAUAUUAUCUGUGGAGUACUCUUAGGACCCUCAGGACUAAAUAGUAUCAAGUCUAUUGUGCAGGUGGAGACGUUAGGAGAGUUUGGUGUAUUCUUCACUCUCUUUCUGGUUGGUCUGGAAUUUUCUCCUGAAAGAUUAAGAAAGGUGUGGAAAAUAUCUUUGCAAGGACCCUGCUACAUGACAGUUCUGAUGAUUGCCUUUGGUUUACUAUGGGGGCACUUGCUCCAAAUCAGACCAACACAGAGCGUCUUCAUUUCCACUUGUUUGUCUUUGUCAAGCACACCACUGGUGUCCAGAUUUCUUGCAGGUAGUGUUCGAGGAGAUAAAGAAGGGGACAUUGACUACAGCAGCGUACUGCUUGGCAUGUUGGUGAUGCAGGAUGUGCAGCUUGGCUUGUUUAUAGCUGUCAUGCCUACACUUAUUCAAGCAGGAGUGAGCACGCAUUCCAGCAUUUUCAAGGAAAUUUUGAGAAUACUGAUACUGAUUGGUCAGAUUCUGUUUUCUCUGGCUGCUGUUUUUCUUCUAUGUCUUGUUAUAAAGACUUAUCUCAUAGGACCGUAUUACCGCAAGCUGCACACAGAAAGCAAAGGGAAUAAAGAAAUCCUCAUUCUAGGAAUAACUGCAUUCACCUUCCUUAUGUUAACGAUCACAGAGCUGUUGGAUGUUUCAAUGGAGCUGGGAUGCUUCUUAGCCGGAGCUCUGAUCUCUUCUCAGGGUCACAUGGUUACUGAGGAGAUUAUGUGCUGUAUUGAACCAAUACGUGACUUUCUUGCCAUCAUUUUCUUUGCAUCUAUAGGACUUCAUGUUUUUCCCACGUUUGUAAUAUAUGAACUCACAGUCUUGCUAUUCCUUACAUUGUCUGUCGUCAUAAUGAAGUUUGUCUUGGCAGUGCUUGUCCUUUCUUUGAUUCUUCCAAAGACCAGCCAAUAUAUCAAGUGGAUUGUGUCAGCAGGACUGGCACAAGUCAGUGAAUUCUCUUUUGUUCUGGGAAGUAGAGCACGCAGAGCAGGGAUCAUAUCUCGGGAGGUCUACCUCCUUAUUCUGAGUGUGACUACUCUUAGCCUUUUACUGGCCCCUGCCCUGUGGAGAGCUGCAAUUAUGAAAUGUGUUCCGAGACCUGAAAGACGCUCAAGUACUUGAUCAAGAUUUGCACAAGUAGAAGAAUAUGUCCUCCUGCAAGGAAAGCAUCUUCAUUGCUCAUUGUAUUUCUAUGCACUCAGAAAACAAGACCUGUUGAGUAGUCAGCGUUCUUAACAAGCACUUGGUUAUAAGCCUUAUACUGACCUAAAAACAAAACGAAAUUCAAUACUAAAAAUAAUUAUGUCAUUUGAAUUGCACACCUUUUACAAGAUUUACUUUAACUCGGACAGAUUGGAAUCUCCUAGAAUAUUUGUUUCUAGUCCAAUCUGUUACUCAGAGCAUACAUUAUUUUUUUAAAAUAUAGCAUCAUGCAAACUAUGUUGAUUUUUUUUUUUUUGCCUGAAUGUGCCUUUUAAUUUUCAUCCUGUUAAUGCUGGUUUAUCACCAGAUUUUGUUCAAAAAGGAAAAAAAGAUAUAUAUAUAUAUAUUAUGGUGCCUAUGGUAUCUUCUUUCACUAAAUGACUUGAGUCAUUUUCACAUUUAGGAUUUUAAUAUAGCAGUAUAAAAUUAAUUACAAAACAAAUUUCUAAUGGUGAAUAAAAGAGUGAUCUUCUACACAAAGAAAAGGUUUAACUGUUUAGUAUCAGUUCCAAGCAGUUAAUUACAUAUUCCAAAUCAUGCAGCCAGUACUGCAUGAUAUUUUAUUCCAAAUUGCAGCUUAUAAUGUAUUUUGUUAUAGUGGUAUAUUUUGUGUUAGCUCUUGUAUUUAUUUACAUAUUUGACUAAAAAUUGACAGUACGAAAGGGCAUAACUUAUGUUUGCAGACUGACAGUUGUUACCCAUUCUUGUUGCUAACUGCUGCUACAGUAAUGGUUUACAGGGGUGUUUUCUUUUAAAUCAAAAAGAAAUGUAGUAAAAGUGGGAAGUGUCAUUUCAAUUAGAUGUGAAAAAUAACACUUCUGUAACCUUGGAGGUUGGAUCUUAGUUGACACCAUUCUAGGUUUGAAAUUAUUUUAAGUAAAUUAACUUGCAGAAAACUAGAAACGUCAGACUGGAUGUGUAUUUGCAACCCCAUGACCUUUUAAGUUGCCUUUACAUUGAAUAAAUUGUUAGUCUUUUAAAAAUACCAUGAUAUUUUAGAAAACAGUGUUUUGAAUGUGAUCUUAAAUGUGUUCUUUCUUUAAAAUGUUGUAUGUAGUGAGAUAGAUCUUGUAAAAGCCCAUUCUUUAAGUGUCACAGAGAAAGCUUACUCAUAGACUAUAGUCUACUCUGUGACAAAGCAUUUAACAAUCAUCUUGAGGUUUAUCUGCUAAACCAAAUACUAUUUAAGAUACAUUAACACUUCAAGUCAGUAUUGCAGCGUCAUCUGAAAUAACAUUGAUACACACAAAAUGGUUAGAAAAAUGCAUGUUAUAAGGUUUAAAUCGCCAAUUAAAAUGAAAAUUGUCCUCCAAGUAGCAAAACAAAGCUUUGGAUGGAUUUUUGUGCUCUAUACCUCUUUACCCCAUAGCAUCCUCAGUGUCUUCUGUGUUUUCUCUGACAUCUGCUGGGCUCGUCCAAAUGAAACUUGGAUUAGUCUGGAGUGUGUAUGUGCAGGUGGGACAAGGUAGAGAUCAUCAUAUAUGAGUUCUUGCUCACUGGACUCGGGGCUUUCCCUCUAGGCACUAAUGCUUCAUAAAGAUUGGAGGAAUGUAUGGCAAUUCCACCUUUUGAAUGGUUUCAAAAGUUGUUGCAAAACAGACAAGUGCAGAGCAAAAAACUGCCCUAUAAAUAUUUUUUUAAUAAAAUUAUUCUAUAACAGAAAAUAAACUAAAAACUGAUUUGUUGGUGUAUUUCAAUAUUUUUAUUCGAAAUAGAGGAGCAGUUCAAGUUUUGUGGUUCCACUUAACAGUCUACUAGCUCAGACCUUUUACUCUUUUCCAGGUACCUCACUGAAAUAAUUUGUUUCCUAACUGUCUUAUCCACUCUAUCCACUGACCUAGCUCAUUGUUUUGGCAUGAAAUACAAACAUGUCUCCUGAAUGCUUCAUUUUGGCUUUGAAAGAUGCUUAUUUCACAUGUAGUUUACCACCUGUUUCGGGGGGAAAAAUACAUUACAGGUCAUGGUAGAGAUCUCUGUAUGGCUUCCAUUAUGUCACUUAGUUAGCCCUUGAAGCAAUUGUAUGACAUACUGCACCUGUGAUGAGUAAAACAUCUAAAUAAAUUGCUGUGGGUAGUUGUAGUUCUCUAGAAAACUCUUUAAAGGUUAGGAACGAGACUAGGAAAUACUGAUGGCUUGUGUCUCUUAAAUGAAAGGAAAUAUUUUCGUGACUAUCUGUUAAAAGAUUUGAGUGAAAAGCUCUUUUGGUACCAUGUUCAAAAAAGGAAAAUGAGCAUCUAGAUACCUUACUGGUUGCCUCAUCUUUCUCAGUUCUCUCCCAAAUAAACUUUGUCAUGUUUAGGAA